AAUCAGUGUACUCGUAUUCCUGCGCGGUGAGGCUGGGCUAGCUGCAUUCGCGUGUUUGUCGUGACGAGGUUUGGAUGAAGUGUAUCAGUUUUCUUGUAUUCGUGCUAUCUGGUACGGGAGCCUUGAGGUGUUCAGGAAGGAGACUGACUCUCUCCGCGUUCCUGCUGCUCCCAAGGGCCGCCUGCUGCCUUGCCUGCUGAUGGCCUGCUUGACCCUGCCUGCCCGCCCUGCUCGCGUCCUGCCCAUGCCAACCACCACUCUGCCACUAUGCAUGCAAGACAUGAGCGUGCGUGGCCUUCCACUUCAUCAAUGGCAGAGAAGUCAAGGUCUCGAAUUCCGGAGCUUCGGGGUCGGAAUCCGGUUCGCCUCUUCCUUCCUUUCAGAUGAGCGGGAGGACUGGCCCAUAUAGGAGGUCAGGGCGGCCGCCAGGUGUUGCAGGCCUCACGACGCCCUUUGUAAGGUGUGAGGGCCUCGUAGGGCGUGGAGGAGGCGUGGAGGAGCGAGGAGGAGGUGACACGAAGCCCGUAUUUCUACUGUUUCCGUGACGCGUGGAGGGCAGGACGCUGACGAAUGACGAAGGAAGAGGAGAACCAUGAAGAGAGUCCUCGCGGGGUCUCAGGAAGCCUCUGGCGUGGCACUGUUUCUCCUGUCCAAGAUCAGCAGCGAGUCAGCGUGAUCGGACAGCAGGAGCGGCAGCCCGCCCCGCCGCCCACCGCCCCUAUUAAGUCACUGCCGCCGCCAUGGUGCUUGUGAGCAUUGGAAUCCAGCUAAUACUCUGCCGGCAACUGUCUUGAGCAAUUUCAUUAUCGACUCCCCACACCAACAAUCCAGAGAGUGUUUAGCCGCGCCCCGCCCCGCCGUCCCUGAUGGUCCCCGGCGCCCCACCGGGCCGCUGCUGCCGGGCCGGGGGCUGAGCGGCACCUGCACUGAGGCGGAGGAUUUUGCGUGGCCAGCAACAGAUGGUGUUGAGUGGUAUAACUGUCUAGGCUGACGCUGACCACCUCUUUGGGUCUUCACGUGGUGUGCGUAGGAAGGGAAUAUUUAAGGGAGUGCGUGGAGUGAGAGAUGCGUGGCAGUGAUGAGUGUGUGGGAGCUGCGUGUUCGCCUCCCUCGCCUUAGAUACCAGUGGUUGGGCGUGGCGGACGCUGGGUGCGGGCAGUAACCUGGCGGCGGGCUGGGCUGGGCUGCUAUGUUGCUCCCUGCGGCCAGUCCGCCGGUCCUUGCCCCUCGCUCGCACUGCGGGAACCUCCUCCACCCGCCUGUCGACACCCGCCGCGACGGGCCGUGUGGGCUGACCUGCUGACCCGCCAUGAACGCCUCUGAGCUGGCAGAGCUCUGUGACGGGACCGGCAACAACACCACCGUCGCGGCUGACCGCGUUACCUCACCAAGCGGCAGCAUCGUGACAGUAUCGGGGUGGCAGGGCGUGACGCUGGCCACGCUGCAGGUGGGCGUGAUGCUGGUGGGGCUCCUGGGCAACACCACUGUGGCGGCCUCGGUUUGGCGGCAAGGCACCAGUCGCCAGAACCAGCAGCAGCCCGCCGCGCAUCGCCAUGCACUCCUCCUGUCUCUGGCCAUGGCUGACCUGUUGGUAACACUGCUGUGUCUGCCUGCCGCCCUCGCCCGCCUGCUGGUGCUGCCGUGGGCGGCACACUGGGUUAUGUGUCCGCUUCUGGCCGCCACACAGAACACUGCCCACGCCGCCUCCACACUUUCCAUCGCUUUCCUCGCUCUGGAUCGCUACCUCACCGUGAGGUGGCCCAAGUUGGCUCCCCGAGUGGCAUCGAGAACGGCGCAGCUGCUGGCUGGACUGUGGGUGAUGGCGGUGCUGCUGGCGGUGCCUCGCGGACUGACCGCCGCCCUCGCCGUGCCUGGGCCGAUAUGCAGCGAGCACUGGCCCGUGCCCGCCCUGCGCGUCCUCUACCACACCACUGUGGCCGCUGUGGUUCACCUUCUGCCUUGCGCCACCGUCAUCCUGUGCCACGCUGCCGUUGCCUCGUCACUGCGGCGCCGGGGACUUGAUGACACGCGAAUGAAUCUCCGGCCGCGGCAGGUGAUCAUCAUGGCGCGGGAGUGUAGCCUUGGGGGCGCCAACACCCACAAGAUAGUGGCUGCGUCGUCCAGCGGCGGUGAGUCGGACGGCGACGAGGAGCGAGCCGCCCUGGAGCUUCGUGACCCCAACAAUAUGCCUCAGGUCACCCUUGACGCUGGCAAGGGCAGGGCACCCCAGGCACCCCCGCGCCCCGCCCCGGCCAUCAAACCCGCCAGAAAUAUUCACACUAUCAUCCGUGCACACCGACGCAUGCGGGUCCGCGGCCCCGCUCAAACGGCCUCCAUAUUUACUUCGUACCGAGGCCACUCCACAGAGACGCGGCGGCGGCUGGCCCGGAUGUUAGUGGCUUUGGGAGCGGUGUUCGCCGCCUGCUGGCUUCCCUACGUCGUGGCGCUGCUAAUAUGGGCGUGGAGAGAAUCGCCUGCCACCCGCUAUGCCUUAGAGGUCACGCUGGUGCUGGGCCACGCCCACUCUGCCCUCAACCCUGUGGUGUACUGGCUCAUGAACCGCGCCUUUCUCACCUCCCUCCAACGCUUGCUGUCCACCCAGCUGCGCCUGCCCCGCGGAAUGUCCUGUGGGGGCUGUGGCCGCCCAUCAUGCCUAUCCCGCCCCGCCGCCACACCCUGGGCAGGCAAUUCCUCCACUAACGAGGACAACCUCGGCGCCUUUCAUCCAAAGUACCUCAACCCGCACGCCCUGCGGCCCCAAGCCUCGCGCUGUACCUCUCACUACUUCCACUAACACCGGGACCUCUGCGCGACACGGCGGCCAGCCGGUGUUCUUGGUGCGGUGUCACUGCUCAUGGUGUUUCUAACCUAACUCCUUCCUUCCUAGUGACAGUCGCAGUGACACGAAAUCUAGUGAGCAAGGAACCGCCUUUCCCCCAGACUGAAGGUGCCCUGUAGUUCAGAUGCAUCCCCGCAGUGCACCGCUCUAUUUUGUCACUCGUUUGGCGGGAACACUUGCCUCGCUGUCACUGUGUGUUUGUGUGCGUGUGUGUGUGUGUGUGUGUGUGUGUGUGUGUGUGUGUGUGUGUGUGUGUGUGUGUGUGGGUGUGUGUGUGUGAGAGAGAGAGCAUGCGUAAUCGUGUGCGUGCGUGAGGGCGCACCCUCGCGAAAAGUUAUCUCAUCGACACCCGCCGCGGCUGUGCUGGCGCCUGCAGGCCACGCUGCACGCUCCUCGGGACGGUCGGCCACACUCGUCUUGUUGAAUGUUAUGGGAUCGCUUCCCGUGAGUGUGUGCGGCGGACUCUUCAUCUUUGAUACGAGCUUGAAGCUUAGUAAUCACUAAUUAAUAAAGCUUUUACUCUAGAGCGGCACCACAGCGCUAUACGGGUUUAUAUACCUAACUACUGACUAGGCUACGGCAUCGACUGCACUUGAUAGCAGGGCACAUGUAAGCUCUUGUGUAUAUGUAAAUCACCUCACCGCCAGCUCGGGCGUGCACCGCCCGCCCGCCCUUCGUCACCUGUUGCCUCGCUGUGACGCAGGGCAGGUGGCGGAGCCCAGCGUGGCGCGCCGAGGCGCUGGACAGAACACCUUUGCAUUAUUACCGGCAAGUUUUUGAGACUUAACUUGUCGCGCUACUUGUUCAUGUUUACUAAUUUCAUUUGCCUUUUUUUGCAUAACCGGGAGGGAAUUUAUCUCUUGUGAGGUGAAUGCUUCGUGACUCACUGGGAAAUUUGCCGUAAUGGCUUACCUAAAUAGAUUCUCAGAGAGAGAGAGAGAGAGAGAGAGAGAGUGUGUGUGUGUGUGUGUGUGUGUGUGUGUGUGUGUGUGUGUGUGUGUGUGUGUGUGUGUGUGUGUUUUUCUAAUGCGACAUCCGGAUACACCUAAAACUGGCCUACUGCUGUUUUUUGUGUAACAUUAAACUCGAAAACAAGGAAAUGUAUUCCACCAUCAGUUUCCGCUAGGCAGGCAGCAGACAAACAGCAGACAGACAGCAGACAAUACACCUCGUGGGUUGAAAUAGAGGAGGUGCUUCAUUUUGUUUUAAUACGAUAAGAGAUCAUCAUGAACUGCCUGACGUAGGUUACAGCACAGUUAUCAGGACACACUGACUAGGGAAAGAGUCCUUCAUUGGAUAUUACAAAGGAAACCGUGAUUUGUAGGCUACUCUACCAGGGAAAGCUAUUAUAGGACACUCUAACAAGGAAACAAUUAGUCGUAGGACACUUUUCCAGGGAAACUUGUUUAUACGAUAAUACAGAGGAAACUUUUAUUUAUAGGACACUAUCAGACUGUUAUUUAUAGGACACUCAAUCAGGAAAGCAGUUAUUUGUAGGAUACCAACAGGGAAACUAUUCAUUACAGUACUCUCUGCCAGGGAAAUAACUACGGGACAUUCUACCUAUGCAGCAGUUCAUUGUAGGGUACUGACAGGGAAAACUUUUUAUUCGUACUCAACCAGGGAAAAUCUUUAAUAUGAUACUAGCAGGAAAUAUUUGUAGGAGACUCCGCUAAGGAAAUUCUUAUAACUUUUUUUCGGACACUCAAAUAUGAAAGAUACUUAAAAGUAUGUCGAUAUAAAAAGAAAUAUGUCGUGCGUGAUUCUUAAUUACAACUUCAUAAGGAUCUCAUUAGGGACACUCUAGGGUCUUCAUUACAUUAUUUUCCCGGAAAAAAAAUGUGUAUUUAGAAUUUUUACCAGUAAUUUUAUACGCGAUUAUAACAUUUUUUACUACAAUAUUUAUUUACCUCAGUGACUUAGCUAACGACCUACCGUGUUGCGAGGAUCAAGCCAAAAGCCAUUGUUUGGAUGGAUGUUUGAACGCACAAGGCUUUUGUUACCACUGGAUGAACGAAUAGAUUACGUACAGGACUUUUUUUUUCUGCCCAGUGCCUCAGCUUACAGUUCAUUAUUUUUUAGCAUUAAGUGAUCAUUAACACACACACAUACACGCCCAACUACACACACACACACACACACACACACACACACACACACACACACACACACACACACACACACACACACACACACACACACACACACACACACACACACUUAGAUCCAUCCCAUGGCCAAGGGGAGACAGCCAGCGGGAAGGAUCUGAUCGAGGUGUGACUUCCUCUACUUUUACUCAGCUGUUGACUUCCUGACCUUUCGUCGCCGUGUGCUGUGCGCCCAAGAGAGGGUGGCGAGGUGAACCAAUAAAGAAUGACACGCCGAU